CGAAAGUAAACAAAAGGUGGAAACGCUGGUAGCUUCAGUGUGAGUGAGCUGGAAGUGUGUUAGUGUUGUGGUGUCUGAGCUGAGUCUCUGAGCUGUUGGAGUAACAAUGCCUUCAGUUCAGUAUCUGAGAGAGUUUAUCAACGAGCGGCUAACUGCUGCUGCUGAAGAAAUAUUCACAGAGUUUGAAAAAACGAUCGUCCAGUACGAAGAAGAGAUCGACCGUCAGCGCAGACUGCUGGAUAUCACCUGGAAACCCGAAAUAAAGCUGCACAGGACAGAACUCCCACAGCAUUAUGUCUGUAAAGAGCAGCAGCAGCUCUGUAACCAGGAGAGGAACUCCAGUCUGGACCAGGAGGAACCAGAACCUCGCCAGAUGAAAGCUGCAGAAAUCUGCAGCAGUCAGGAGACAGAGCAGCUUGUUACGAAGGAGGAGACCGUAUCAGUCUCCUGCUAUAUGGCGGCUGUUAUUUAUGAAGGAGACCACGGUGAACCACAACCAAACAGAAACCAGCUCCACUCUCUGAGCUCUCCUGAGACUGACCGCAGAGGUCAGGGAGCAAGCGAGUGUGAUGGCUCAGACUUCCAGCAUCAAAGUUGCAUUAAGGAGGAGGAGGUUCUCACUGAGCAGCAGCUAGGUAACCAGGAGAGGAGCUCCAGUCCGGAACAGGAGGAACCAGAACCUCCAAAGAUUAAAGAAGAACAGAAUGAACUCUGCAGCUGUCAGGAGGGAGAGCAGCUUGCACUGAAGGAGGAGAGUGAUACCUUUAUGGUGACUGCUGCUGAGAAAAGGGAUCACAGUGAACCAGAAUCAGACCGACAGCAGCUCCUCUCUCACAGUUCUGCUGAAACAGAGAGCAAAGAUAAGGAAGGAGGCGAGUGUGAACAGAAGAAUCGUCUGCGAAAGAGGCCUGAGACUGUCGUAAGCUUACUCAAUUCAGAGUGUCACUGUGAUACCGACGCAGGUAAAAAGCCAGUAAAAUGUGUAGUUUGUGGAAAGUUUUUUAAGAAUAUGUACUACUUGAAGGAACAUGGACGUUUCCACACUGGUGUGAAACCGUUCACUUGCAAAACUUGUGAGAGAAGUUCACUGAGAAAACGCAUGAGAACUCACACAGGUGAGAAACCUUACAACUGUGACACCUGCGGAAAAAAGUUUACAGACCUGUCAUCAGUGAAAAGACACAUGAGCAUUCAUACAGGUGAGAAGCCAUAUCCCUGUGAAACAUGUGGGAAAUGUUUUAGAAAUUGUAGUCUUUUGACUGUCCACAAGAGAAUUCAUACAGGUGAGAAACCUUACCACUGCAAAGCCUGUGAAAAACGUUUUUCUGACUCAUCAACACUGAGAAAACACAUAAGAACUCACACAGGUGAGAAACCUUACAACUGCAACACCUGCGGAAAAAAGUUCACAGACAUGUCAUCAGUGAAAAGACACAUGAGCAUUCAUUCAGGUGAGAAGCCAUAUCCUUGUAACAUAUGUGGGAAAAGUUUUAGACGGAAUAGUUAUUUGUCUCUUCACAUAAGAACGCACACAGGUCAGAAACCAUACCUGUGUAAAACAUGUGGAAAAGGCUUCAGCCGUAGUAGUCAUUUGUCGGCCCACAUGGUAACUCACACAGGUGAAAAACCAUAUGCUUGUGAAACAUGUGGGAGGAGUUUUAGUUAUUAUAGUUAUUUGGCUGUACAUAGGAGAUUGCACACAGGAGAGAAACCAUAUCCUUGUAAAAUAUGUGGUAAAAGGUUCCAACGUAGUACUCAUUUGUCUAAACACAUGAUAACUCACACAGGUCAGAAACCCUAAACCCCAUUGUAUUUCACGCUGUGUGAGAUGGUGUGUCCUUUUAUUUUUUUUUGUAUUGCUGGAUAUUCUGACAAACUGUCACUAACUUAUACUUAAUAAAUAUUAGGAAUCCAGAGCUUGUUUAAUUUGAUUUUUACAUGUAUUUUGUGAUUAAAUGCUUUUCUUUUUUGUUUAAAGUUAUUUUUUCUGUUUUCUAAUUUUCUUUAAUUUUAUUUGCUGUUCUCUGAUCUCCUUAUAGCUCAUUUCAAAUGUUAGCUAUGUUUUGUCUUUCUUUUCUCUUUUUUUUUUUUUUGGUUUUUCACUUAUUUUUUUUAUUACCCCUUAUGUAUUAGAAAGGUUUCAGUCAUCUAUGAAGCACUGUGUACUACAUUAACCAGCGUGUCUGGUGCUAUAAAAAUAAAAUUAGAUUGCGUGAUAUCUAAACAAAGUUUCUUUUGAAAUGUUAUAUUUCUUUCUUUAGUGGCUAUUCAGUUUUUGAACCUACUGUCUGCUAAUUUGUAAAGUAUGUUCUUUGGCUUGUUUUUGUCUUCAGUUGACUCAUGGUGCAAGCUGGUUUGGGUUUUUAUUGAUUUAAGAGCCGUUAAAAGAGCAGGGCUCUUUAUUAGACUGGUCAUCUUUUAAAACAUGUUUGAAUACUAUAAAAACUGUAAGCAAUUACCUGUACACUUUGCACUUGAUACAUUACUCAGGUCUGGGAGUUAUAUAUGUAUUCAGAGAACAAUUGGAGCUCCUAUCCACACGUACAGACUAUUUAUUCUCAUUAGUUGGGCUUUGAGUACAACCUAGAGAGACCACACAGGAACAGAGAGAAAAUGUAAAGGAUCCAGUUGGUCUUAACCCAGUGAAAUAAAUAAAGAGUUCUUUUUUUUUUUCUGACGCUACAAUUUUUUUCUAUGUGAAUAAAAGUUACUAAU